AAUCACAGUCGAGUCUGUGAAGGAACGACAACACAACACCAAUGCAUCAAAUACAUUACGCUCAAUGAAAGAAAGAGGACGGUUUACCCAGCCGAAAUCGUCGCUUUUCCAUCAGCCGAAGUGUGAAUUGCGUUUCUAAAUAUUUAAUGGAUAUUUAUCUGCAAAUACUUUAAAGUUAUUGGUUUACUGGCGUGCAAAUUUUUGUGGCGAAGGCUAGUGCAAACCGCGCCGUUAUAUACAACCGACACCAGCUUCAUUGGUAUUUCUGCUGUAUUAUUAAUUAUACUGUGUUUUGGAUUUUGUACAUUAUUAUUAAGGCAGAAGCCCCGUGUGCAUGGGCCCGCGGUCAACUCCACUCUGGCCGCGGCGUGUCCCUGUCCUGUCGGUCUGUACUUUCACGUAGGGAUUGCGAUGGACACUGUAAUAUGCUAGGACCAUGUUCAAAAAUGUUUUUGGUUCGGGAUUUUUGGUAAGAACAGCCCAUGUUAUUCUGACAUGGGUCAUUACCCUCAUACUCUUUCUACAUGAUACAGAAUUAAGGAAGCAGGAGGAGACUGGUCAGCUGGUCCAGCCAGUGCUCUUCGUUUUACUGGUGCUGGUGUCAGUUCUGCUGUAUUUUGCAGUGUCUCUGAUGGAUCCAGGCUUCAUCCUCUCUGAUGACAGUGACAUGCAGUUUACACUGGGAGUGACUGAGGAGCAGCAGGACAUGAUCCCACAGACCACAAAAUCCUUGCGUCAGCGCCGCUGUGGCCACUGUCUGCUUCAGCAGCCAAUGAGAUCCAAGCACUGCCAGACGUGUCAGCAUUGUGUGCGGCGCUAUGACCAUCACUGUCCCUGGAUUGAGAACUGUGUUGGCGAGCGAAACCAUCGCUGGUUUGUGCUCUACCUGGUCAUUCAACUGAUCGUGCUGCUGUGGGGGCUGCACAUUGCUUUGACGGGGUUCAGUUACAGACCCACCUGGGAGUUGUGGCUGCGCUCCAAUGGCAUGCUGCUAGCUGUGGCUGUGCUGAUGGCUGUCCUGUCCCUUAUUGUUCUGCUGUUGGUUGGCUCACAUCUCUACCUGGUUUCUCUCAAUACCACCACCUGGGAGUUUAUGUCUCGACACCGGAUCUCAUACCUCAAACACUGUGGAGCUGAUGAAAACCCGUUUGACCGAGGACCUUUUCACAACCUGUGGGUUUUUUUCUGUGUCUGGGGCACAGUGGUGUGGGAACAGGUGUAUUUCAGGGAGGGGACUGACCACGUUUAAUGGUAACAUCAUCCAAAGACUGAAUUACAAGGUUUUUGCCCAGUAUGUUAAAUAGGAUUUAGGCACUUGACUCGCCAGAGGUUUCCUCUGCAUCGGUGCUAAUGUGCCAUAAUGUAAAUCUGAUUUAUCUACCUUCAGUGUGAAGUUCUAUAAUUGUAUGCUUGUUUUUGUUGCCAGCAGGAGUUUGGCCUCUCCACUCUCCUAGUGGUCCUUCGGUAUUACACCUUUGUUUACAGGCACUAUGACAGGUCAAAAAAUAUUUAACUGUACUAAGUGUAAACUCAGCUUUGAGACUCAUGCCUAAAAAUAAGGAAAGGGUUUAUAAGUAAACUUGACAGUAACUGUUAUCACAUGGCCCUAUUACUCGGUAAAGUAGUUUAUCCUUCUUAUAACCGAUCAAGUGACUGUUAACCUUUUUGGAAGUUUACAUACAUUAUAAUAUUACAUCUUUGUGUGCUAGUGUAGACAAUCUGAUUCUUAUUCAAAUACAUUUGUUUAACUGCUUUGAUACAUAAAGAAAUAAUUUGUCAAAAUAAAUAUUGUGAGGUAAUGUCAAGUUAUGCAGUUUAGUUAACAGUAUUUACUAUAAAAUGAAGCUAUAAUUUUAUAAUAGUUUAAUGUUUACUCUCAACAUUGAUCUAUGACCUAAACUUUUGAUAGUAAACCAUUUAUAUAUACACCAGUUUUGAAAUCUUUUGUAUUUUUUGCUGUUUGUAUCUUUGAUCUGUAUUGUGAAAGCUUUUUUUUUUUCAAAUGCAAUAGGUUCUGCUUCUCAACAGUUGUGCAAUAGACUUUAUAAUAGAGCAAUAAAUGUGUCAUGUGACAUUUUACAGCUGCAGUACUUAUGUAUACGAUGUAUGCAAUCCUGUCUGUAUUACGUUCAACAGACUACACAAUAAAUUCAUGUUUUCAGUAAGUUGUGUUUU